AUGUACUCGCCACACGGCAGCCCCUUAUUGAUCUCCAGCCAGUCGAUCACCGACCUCGCGUACUCGUCCGUCACUCUUGCGGGACCUUCCGAGACCAUCCCCACAAGCUCGGAAAACGGAAGCUUCUCCAUCUCUCCGCGCUUGGCCGACGCGAGCGCAGGAUUAUUCAUCCUCGAACGGAGGUCGAUCACGUUGAGAAGCGUGCAAGUCCCGUUUUCGUCGUUUUCUUUCGACAGGGCCUUGCAACGCCAUAUGAGGGCCGUGGCCACGUUGAAGCUGCUGAUUAGUUUGGGGUUGGUUGUUUUUUUCUUUUGUGCCUCGUUUUUGAGGAAAUCGAUGUGGGCCGGAGUUAGUUUGAAGACGUUGAAGGAGAGUUCCUCUUUCUUGCAGUCGAAAACGGGAGGGCCGCCGGAGGAAGGGAGGUUUUCGGGUUUGAAGAACUCCGGGUGGUGGAAGUCGGCGUGGGGAGGUGAGCGGGCGGCGAGGAGGCCGCGGUCGAGGCAGGGGAGGACUGCCAGCUGUCGCCCCUCAGGGAAGCAUUGGGAUGCGAGAUUCUCGUUGAAGGCUUUCGCGCUUAGGCCGUCUAACAGAAUGUGGUUUACGGACAUGCCCAUCGCUAAGCCGCCGCAUUCGAAUGAUAGCAAGUCUCCGAGCUCCGGCAAGGUCAAAGCGGAUGAAGCGGCCACAAAACCGGCUCCGGUGGCAUUGCUGGAUUCGAUGACGAGGCGGCCCGUGUCGGAGUUCAGCUUAAGUCUUCCGGCCACAAAAUCGUAG